GCUGUUCUCUGGCGCCUCCUUUCUCCGUUCAUCCUCCACUUGUUCGUCCCUUCUCGCCCUCCCUGUCAUCCUUUCAUCUCCUCUUAGAGUUAGCAUUUAUUUCGGCUGUCUUGCCGAAUCUUGUACUGACACUUCAGGUCUCUGAAUCCCUUCACAUCCGUUUUGCCGGUCACACUUUGUACAAGUUGACCCUCUGGCAUUGAAGGACCAUCUUUGACCCUCGCGCAAUCGACAGAUCGCAUAGUGCUUGCAGUCUACCUUGACUGUUGAACGCUGCUAGGAGAGCCUGUCUUGUUGAUUGAAACGAUACCGAGUGGAAUUGCAAGAGGAUGACUUGUACUCUUCUUCAAUGGGUGGCAAUCUUUGCUUUUGUUGCAAUGUGCACUGGAUUUUCUUUCAACGGAGGGGCUUUGUUGAAGACAUCUUGUAGCUUAUCAAGGUCAUCUCGUAUGAGUUCAGAUGGAUCAUGCAGAAUUCGGAAUCGGCCAAGGCAACACAUCAGGAUGGAAGGAGGAGCAGCAUCGACUGGUGCUGCAAAGUCCUACUUGAACAAGAUCCCGGCACAUCUUCAAGGCUUGGCAAUCAGGAACGUGAAGUCUAAUCCUGUUAGAGAUUGGGUCGUCAAAAAAGAUGAUGAUGAGGUCCACAAUAUUCAGAAGGAACUGGAUGAGGAGGAGGAAGAUCACAUUGACUUUGCUAUGGAGAUUCUAGAAGAGCUUUCUGACGAUCUCAAACCUCGCUUGCAUGAUUACAAUAUCGAUCUAGAAGAUGCAGCCGUCCUGAGAGAGUUACGCCGGAGCAUGAAUCCAGAGGACUUCCAGAAAAUCUUUGGUCGUGGUGUUGGCGACCUUCUUUGA